UCGCCUUUGCAUCAGCCUAGCUAUUCAGCCGACAUGGCGGCGGAUGGGGCAACCGCACUGGCCAACGCAAAGGCGCUUCUGGCAGAGGGCAAAUUUGAUGAAGCUCUGGGCAAUGCCGAGACCGCCAUCGCGGCGUUCGAGAAAGCGGGGAAUAGACCGAUGCAAAGCGAGGCAAUGAGUGCAAAGAUCGACGUUUACCUGCAGCAACAGAAGCGACCCGAAGCACGGGCAACAGCUCUCGAGGCCGUUGGGUUGUUCAAGGCCAUGAAUGAUCCGAAAUCGGAGGCCAAAGCGCAACUGUUGGUGGCACAGGUUUGCACGCAGACCCAACGCUACAAAGAGGCCACCUCAGCAGGCCGGGAGGCCUUACGCUUAGCACGCUUAGCAGGCGACAAGGUUCAGCAGGCUGCCGCGUGGCGAGUCUUGGCUGUGGCCGGUGAACAGGUUGACUUAGACAAGGCCAUCGUGUCGUGGCAAGAGCUUUGCAAAUUGGCCAAAGAGCUUUCAGCUUCCGAAGAGGCAGCAGCACUCUUCGGCCUAUCCAAAGCGCACCUGACACGUCUAAGCCGAAAGCUCAGCAGCUGUGCCAUCGCCUGCAAGGAUGAUACCAUCGAAGUGCUGCGAGCCGCGAAGGAAGCUCAUCGUCUCUACAAGCAAGAGAGCGACAGCAUGGGGCAGAUCAACACGCUGCAGCUCGUGGCGAAAGUGUUGCUCUUCAACGGGGUGCACCCAGAUGUGGUCGAGGCCAGCAACGAUCCGGAAGAGAUCUUCGCCGCAGUGAUGAGUGGUGCCUACAGCAACCCUAAGAACGCGUUGCCCCCGAAAGCUGCAACGAAGCCAUUGAAGCUUGAGGAGGUGGUGCCAGAUAGCAAGCAGUUGGACAAGAACAAGUUUGCCUGGAGGAACCCCGUGGCGGGUUUUUGCUACACCGUGGUGUGGCAGCCAACCAAAGACCGGGGAGUUGGCAACAACAAGCCUCGGGGGCAGUACGACAUGCUGAUGCUGCGCUCUGGUUACAAGCAUCAUGCGGUGCCAACCUCUGUGGGGCUUCGUUCCAACGACGCCUCCGAGAGGAAUGAGCACAUGAUGGUCUUCAUGACGACCCAAGACCACGGCUUGAACUACUCCAGCAGCAUGAUGAACGUCCAGCACACCAUCGGAGGUGUGGCCACCGCCAAUCUACGAAAGCUGGUCUUCGUGCAGUUUGGGGAGUCCUUCUUCGACUGGACAGACACGAGUGCACGCAGCGUGGAGAUGCACUCGGUGACCUUGGGCCUGCUGAGGUCAGCCCGAAUCGAAGCGCCGUUUUUGACCAUAGGUUUCGUGGGAGGUGAUCUGGCCUCAUGGGUUCAGGACCCUCAGCCAUUGAUCGAGAGCAUCUUCGACACCAUCGAGUCGGACGAAUGCGAGGUGAUCUACAAGAAUGGUGAGGGAUUCGCUCCUUCCAUGGUGCACAAGCCCUUGGAGGACACCGUGCAAGCCGUGAAACCGGGCAAGACGCAGGGGCACUAUUUAAGGUGAGCGAAGGCCAGUGUCGAUGUCGUGACGCCCGUCCAGGCUUCUUCCAUGUUGCUGGUCGUGCUUUAUGGAUGGCUUGCGACAGCAUCAACAAAAAA